AUGCUUUGCAGCCAAUUAGGAGGCGCGGUGGGUCAGGAGGUGCAGUGGGUCAGGAGGUGCAGUGGGUCAGGAGGAGCAGUGGGUCAGGAGGUGCAGUGGGUCAGGAGGAGCAGUGGGUCAGGAGGAGCAGUGGGUCAGGAGGUGCAGUGGGUCAGGAGGUGCAGUGGGUCAGGAGGUGCAGUGGGUCAGGAGGAGCAGUGGGUCAGGAGGAGCAGUGGGUCAGGAGGUGCAGUGGGUCAGGAGGAGCAGUGGGUCAGGAGGAGCAGUGGGUCAGGAGGAGCAGUGGGUCAGGAGGUGCAGUGGGUCAGGAGGAGCAGUGGGUCAGGAGGUGCAGUGGGUCAGGAGGUGCAGUGGGUCAGGAGGAGCAGUGGGUCAGGAGGUGCAGUGGGUCAGGAGGCGCGGUGGGUCAGGAGGUGCAGUGGGUCAGGAGGAGCAGUGGGUCAGGAGGAGCAGUGGGUCAGGAGGUGCAGUGGGUCAGGAGGAGCAGUGGGUCAGGAGGUGCAGUGGGUCAGGAGGUGCAGUGGGUCAGGAGGAGCAGUGGGUCAGGAGGAGCAGUGGGUCAGGAGGAGCAGUGGGUCAGGAGGAGCAGUGGGUCAGGAGGUGCAGUGGGUCAGGAGGUGCAGUGGGUCAGGAGGAGCAGUGGGUCAGGAGGCGCGGUGGGUCAGGAGGUGCAGUGGGUCAGGAGGAGCAGUGGGUCAGGAGGUGCAGUGGGUCAGGAGGAGCAGUGACCCACUGCUCCUCCUUCCCCUCUCCUCCCCUCUCCUCCCUCCCCUCUCCUCCCCUCUCCUCCCCUCUCCUCUCCUCCCUCCCACCUCCUCCCCUCUCCUCCCUCCCCUCUCCUCCCCUCUCCUCUCCUCCCCUCUCCUCCCUCCCCUCUCCUCUCUCUCCUCCCUCCCCUCUCCUCCCCUCUCCUCCCCCUCUCCUCUCCUCCCCUCUCCUCCCUCCCCUCUCCUCCCCUCUCCUCCCUCCCCUCUCCUCCCCUCUCCUCCCCUCUCCUCCCUCCCCUCUCCUCCCUCCCCUCUCCUCCCUCCCCUCUCCUCCCCUCUCCUCCCUCCCAUCUCCUCCCUCCCCUCUCCUCCCUCUCCUCUCCUCCCCUCUCCUCCCCUCUCCUCCCUCCCCUCUCCUCCCCUCUCCUCCCUCCCCUCUCCUCCCCUCUCCUCCCUCCCCUCUCCUCCCUCCCCUCUCCUCCCUCCCCUCUCCUCCCCUCUCCUCCCUCCCCUCUCCUCCCUCCCCUCUCCUCCCCUCUCCUCCCUCCCCUCUCCUCCCUCCCCUCUCCUCCCCUCUCCUCCCUCCCCUCUCCUCCCUCUCCUCUCCUCCCCUCUCCUCCCCUCUCCUCCCUCCCCUCUCCUCCCCUCUCCUCCCUCCCCUCUCCUCCCCUCUCCUCCCUCCCCUCUCCUCCCUCCCCUCUCCUCCCUCUCCUCUCCUCCCCUCUCCUCCCCUCUCCUCCCUCCCCUCUCCUCCCCUCUCCUCCCUCCCCUCUCCUCCCCUCUCCUCCCUCUCCUCCCUCCCCUCUCCUCCCUCCCCUCUCCUCCCUCCCCUCUCCUCCCCUCCCCUCCCCUCUCCUCCCUCCCCUCUCCUCCCCUCUCCUCCCUCCCCUCUCCUCCCUCCCCUCUCCUCCCCUCCCCUCCCCUCUCCUCCCUCCCCUCUCUCCUCCCCUCUCCUCCCUCCCCUCUCCUCCCUCCCCUCUCCUCCCUCCCCUCUCCUCCCCUCUCCUCCCUCCCCUCUCCUCCCUCCCCUCUCCUCCCCUCCCCUCUCCUCCCUCCCCCUCUCCUCCCCUCUCCUCCCUCCCCUCUCCUCCCCUCUCCUCCCUCCCCUCUCCUCCCCUCUCCUCCCUCCCCUCUCCUCCCUCCCCUCUCCUCCCCUCUCCUCCCUCCCCUCUCCUCCCUCCCCUCCCCUCUCCUCCCCUCUCCUCCCUCCCCUCUCCUCCCCUCUCCUCCCUCCCCUCUCCUCCCUCUCCUCCCUCCCCUCUCCUCCCUCCCCUCCCCUCUCCUCCCCUCUCCUCCCUCCCCUCUCCUCCCCUUCUCAGCGUCAGAUACAUCAGUGAUCCUCACACAACCAAAAACACAUCCAUUUAGACUUUAA